AUGAUGGCAGCGAUGACAUACCUGGACACUCUUAUGCGCUCGUUCACCACUUUUAUCGUUGACUCACUGGAGGCUGCGCCUUUCCAAACUUCCGCCAUAUUCGCCCCGACAGUCAUAACCUUUGUGUUCAGAUUGUGCGGCCUAGCACCUAUGGACGAGCCGCAAAGGAUUUGCCUGCGACGGAAGUGGGGUUGUUGA